CAAUAUCGAUUUGGAAAGAAAAUCUUCUUGAAUGAUCUUUACAGUCUAAUAAAAGAUAACUGCAGCUAUAAGUGCGUUUCUAGGCCUUUGCUUCAUGGGAUAGAGCCAAAUCGUCGGAUUUUCAACGAGAAUCUAAACUUAAAUGACCCGAAAAGCCUUUCAAAUGGGUUGAUAGAUCAUGAGAGUAUAAUCACAUAUUCGAUGUUAUAUCCGAUUGUAUCAUUCCAGAUAUCUACAGUAAGAAGAUCUCGGAAUCAUUGACUGUUCAGCGAUGUCGCGAAAAAUUGGAAAAUAAGUACCGAAAUCAAUUGUGCAAAAUUCAAAUGACACCGUGGAAUCAAAGUGAUUACACUGAGUUCGAAGAUAUGCACACCGUUGUCACAAUGGUGAAGAAGGAUAAUUGUGGAAAAGACACGAAAAUGAAGGAAACGCUUAAGGGUUCUGUUGCUGAAAUAUUUUCAACGAAAGUAAACGGCGAACUACCAGUUCGAAUCCUCAUUUCGGCCCCCGCUGGACGGGGGAAGACUACGGCUGUUGCUAAGAUGGCUUACGACUGGGUUCACAGAGAAAGGGGAUCAGCAUUAGAACACCUGCCACUUCUGUUUGUUGUCAAAUUCCGAGAAACAGGUCAGCUUACAACAAUCGGAGAAGCCAUCAAAUCCCAGCUUUUGAGUGAUGUUGAUGAUCUCACACCAGAGGGUCUGGAGAGAUUCAUCAAGGAGAACCAGGGAAUUUGUCACAUCAUACUAGACGGACUAGAUGAGUAUGCUGGUAUUUCCUCUUCACAGCGCAGCUCAUUGAGUAAUAUUGUCGAUGUCAUCAGCUGGAAAGAAUUUCCAGAGUGCCGAGUCCUUGUAACAACACGCCCUCACCUAGAGAAUUUCUUCAAUCAAGGUGACCUUCCGAGAGUAUACACAAAGAUGUGGAUCGAAGGAUUCUCGCGAGAGAGCUCAUGCGACUACAUCAACAAGUUCUUUGCUUUGACUUCGGAUCCUGGUAACGGACAAAGUCUGAAGGAGUACCUUGAUGGAGAACCACUUAUUAAUGAGCUUGUCAAGACACCCCUAUUUUGUCUCAUGAUCUGUCACUUAUGGCGUGAGGGCCUACUGGACAGUGGUGCUUCAACUCAAACAGAAUUGCUGGACAGGGUGAAUGUUUUCUUAUGCACCAUGCAAACGCACGAUCAGAGUCGAAAGUGGAGAUCACACCAAAAAAGUUAAGGAAAAUAAUUUAUCAAUUAGGCAAAGUUGCCCUCACUGGUCUGCUCGACGAUGCUAAAAAACUAGUCUUCACGCCUCAUGAUUUACGUAAAGUUCCCUCAACCCUUACUAUGGCAUGUGAGCUUGGGAUAGUAUCGAAGACGACUACUAACAUCACAUGCCUUCCUCAGUCCAACGAGACCACUUCCACUACCAUUGAGUUUUAUCACAAACUCGCUCAAGAACACUCGGCUGGGAAAUUCCUCGCUGAUCAAACACAACGCUUUCUGUUACGUUUGAAGAUUUCUAAAUUGGACAUAGUACUGCGCAAGAUCAAAGCAAACAUCGGUGACUACGAGAAUCUUAUCCGAUUCGCUGCUGGCACGGACAACAGACUCUGUGUACGAAUAAUGAAGAAGCUCCUUAAAAACAGCUAUUUGGAUGAGAGCGAGCGAUAUCGCAUUCUCCUUGACUGUUCAUCAGAGACCACGGGUACUCAACGAAAUGUGUCUUCGUUGGUUCGAAGAUGUGUGAAUGCAGAGGGUAUUGUUCUAAAAUCCCCGACUGUCUACACCGUCGUUGGGAUGCAAAAUCUUCCAAAGCAACUUAAACGUCAGGUUAGGACAGUAAAGUUCGAGGAAUCUACUUUAACUGCCGACGUGACGAGUGGACUAUGGUCCUGCAUGGGAUCAUUUUCGAUGCUAAAUACUCUCAAAAUCUCAGACUCCUCUCUCAGU